AUGGAUCCCCCACUUCAACAUGAUUCCAGUGUCUCUCUUGUUGAUCCUCCAAUUGCAACCAAUCAUGAGUGGCGAUCAUGUGGAAUAACUUAUCACUCAUCUAAUGGUAUGCUUCUUCUAAUUUACCCUAAUGACACAAUCAUUCUUUGGAAUCCGGCCAUUAGAGAAUCAAGAAAAAUCCGUUGUCCAGUUCUUAGGCCGCAAUUCCCUGGUAUUUAUAAUUUUUGCUACUUUCCUUCUAUCGACGGUUACAAAAUAUUUAGACUAGGACGUAAAUCUGAUUCCGAUUAUGACAAGGAGGUUCAUGUAUUUUCAACAAAAGAUAACUCGUGGAAAUCGAUAGGUCGGUUUCCUCCAAAUUAUUUAUUUGCUGGGGACGUCGUUAUAUCACAUGGGAUUGUUUAUAUAUUGGCGAGGAAGGAUUUAAUUAAUGGUCGUAGUGACAUUAUUAUAGUACGUUUUUGUUUAGAGAAGGAACAAUUUCAGGAGGAAUUAUUGUGUCCAUAUCCAUUUGACUGGACAGACAGUACUACACAUUUGUUUGCUCUAGAGGAAAACCUUAGUUUGACUGAUUGUGACCGAAUGCAAAAUUAUGAAGUUUGGCACUAUAUGAAAACGAAUGGAUUAAGCUAUUCAUGGAGUAAGAUAUUCGCAAUUAAAUUAACUUGGGUUCCUUCGUUGUUGAUUCCUGUGAGCUUUAUGAAGGAUGGAGACAUGUUGUUUCUGAGGAAAGACUCCGAAUUCGUGGUUUACAAUUCAAGAAUACAUAAAUUCGAAGAAGUUAAUGUUGCUGGGAUUGAAAAACGACUUUACUUCAGAAGGGUUGUAACAUAUGUGGAAACUUUGUUCUCUCCUAAUUCCUAA